AUGUUUACAAAAUUACUAAAUCGAAGUUUAAUUAAAUUAAGCCAAACGGCGAAUUAUCAGAUCUCAAAACGGACAUGUAUGUAUAAAGGAGCUAAAACUUAUGAUGGAGAUGGAAAGACAUCCGUUCAAGUAUUAAAUAAUGACAUGGAAAAUGGACUUUUAAUCAAUGGAAUCAGUCAAGCUGGAUUUCGAUUGAAUAAUGACUUAUUUAUAGUCGGUCCAAUGAUUAUUUUCCCGAGAUCCGUUUUGUCAUGGAACAUUGAAAGUUUUAAGGACAUUAAUGAAGAUUCACUGAGUAUAUUCAGGCUAAUGGAACCGAAAGUAGAUAUGAUAGUUUUAGGCGUUGGAGAUCAGCAACCAACACCGGACUUCCAAAGAAGGAUAUUGUCAUUCAUGAAAAAGUCUAAUAUUAAUGUAGAAGUGCUUCAAACAGAGCAAGCAUGCACAACCUUUAAUUUCCUAAAUUCUGAAGGUAGGAUGAUAGGAGGAGCUAUGAUUCCACCAGUUACAUUAAGUGUAAGUGAGGAUGAUUAUGCGAAAUACUUAUUAGAACGUCAAAAUUUACUCAGUUUAGAGCAAUAA